AUGCUCAUUCGGCUCCAGGCUAUGGUCACCUCGUUCCUUUGUGCCCUCCACGCCGCCCCGCUCCGCCUCCCCUCCCCCGCCGGCCCGGACGCCGGGGUCCCCUGGGAAGCGCCGGCCCCCUCCCCGGGCGACUGGGAGCUGUCGUCACCCCGCGUGGCCCUGGCCAGCCGCGCCCCAGCCGGGCCCCCCCUGCUGCUGCUGCUGGAGGAGCCGGGUGUUCGGACGGGGCCGGCGAAUGGGACGCGGCGGGCGCGGCGGGCCGAGGGGGCGGAGGCGGCCCGCCGGGGCGAGAUGUCCGUGUGCGACAGCGUCAGCCUCUGGGUGACGGACAAGCGCACGGCCGUGGACAUCCGGGGCAAGGCGGUGACGGUGCUGUCCGAGGUGCAGACGCUCACCGGGCCGCUCAAGCAGUAUUUCUUCGAGACCAAGUGCAACCCGGCGGGCGGGACGACGGGCGGGUGCCGGGGCGUGGACCGGCGCCACUGGCUCUCCGAGUGCAAGGCCAAGCAGUCGUACGUGCGGGCCCUGACCGCCGACGCCAACAAGCUGGUGGGCUGGCGCUGGAUCCGCAUCGACACGGCCUGCGUCUGCACGCUGCUCAGCCGCCUCUAA